AGCCGGUCAUUCACAGCUUCUGCCACCCGACUGGCAACGAUAUGCAUACAAAAUCCCGUAAAGGGCGAGGAUGGCAAGGAUAUGAUGUUGGAAAUCACCUCUCGGGCAGCUAAGCGACUCUCCGACAUCAUGACCAAGGACAAGAACCCCCACCUAGCUUUGCGCAUUCGAGUUGAGAGUGGAGGUUGCCACGGUUUCCAGUACCUUAUGAGCCUCGUUACGAUGCCAACAGAAGAAGCGCGCGAAGCAUCGACCGUCAUCUCCGAGGACGACAGCAUUUUCCAAUACGUUCCAGACGAGGCCAAUUCUGCUACUCCGCCGGCAGAUAGCCCGAAGAUCAUACUAGACGAACCUUCCCUGGAGCUUCUCACGGGCAGCAAGGUGGAUUUUACACAAGAGUUGAUUGGGUCGCAGUUCAAAAUUGUUGAUAACCCUUAUGCAACAAGCAGCUGCGGGUGUGGAACAAGCUUCGAUAUCAAGGUGUAG